UAUACGAGCUUUUGGCUGCGAGUUCAGGACUAUACUCCAAGUCCGUCUCCGCAUAACGAAAUUUAUCCGCGUUGCAGAAGGAUGGAUACACCGCAUUGAGAUUUGUACGAGAAUGUACGAGCCAGUAUCGAAUAGCGUCGUCACAAUAACAACACAGCCGCCAAGGUAUGCGAGCGGUGCGCCGUUCGAAGCACAGAGCGACGUCGAAGACGACGAUACUUCCACGUCGGGUAGACUAGUAGUUGAAGACAGGGAAACUAGCACGAUCCCGCAACAAAUGACUAACCACUGUGAUAUUAGCAAUAAAAUUCCGUCCGGAAUGGGUGACAACUGCAUCGACAUCGAGCAGAUCAACCUCGACCGAAACUACAAGAACAAAUUCAAAUCCGUCGGCAGCCAGACCUCGCACCUGGUGCCCUACAGGCUGAGGUUCUGGCCGCUCCGUGCUUCCAUAAAUAUAAAGUGUGCAGACGCCGGACUCAAAGAAAUUAUCAAGUGCUGCCUGAAGACGUUAAGUCAAUGGUUCCUAUCGCAAAUCGGCCUCACCGCAAUUUUGUUUACCUGGGCUUUGCUUGGAGCCGCCGCAUUUUAUAAAACUGAAGGUCCUAGGGAACUGCAGCAAGCACAAGAAUUGCAGAGGCUAAAGAAGAAUAUAGCUAUUGACCUCUCGAAGGAUCUAUCGCAGUUAACUGUGCACGACGAAACGUGGCUGAACAUUAUAGAGAAACACCUGAACUUGCACGAAGUUUUGCUGCUGGAUUCGGUUAGUGCUGGGUACGGCGAAAACGGUGGUACCAUAUGGACCUAUCCAGGCUGCAUACUUUUCGCCGUUUCUUUGCUAACGACUUUAGGAUUUGGUGCGCCCGUGCCCCAAACAUCUUUGGGUCGAGGAACCGCGGUCCUGUUCUCCGCCAUAGGAAUUCCUCUGCAUUUCUUAUUGAUAAUAAAUAUGGGCAAUCUGGCUGCAGGCUCACUGAAGAAUCUGGCAACAGUGAAACCCGGUUCGGAUUUACCUGAUGAGCCACCAGUAAGGACGAGAGGCUGGUUAAAAUUCUUCCCGAUCUUUUCGAUCGCGUUUUACUACAGUUGCGGCGUCCUGUUGUUCGGGAUCAGCAGGAGAAGGCCCGUAAUCGAUAGUUUAAUGUUUCCAUUGGAUUUUACAGCAUCUGGCGGCGUGGCGAAGACGUCCGGUUAUGUCAGAAUCUUGUACGGUUUAUAUUUAGAGGUAGCGGUCACGUUGGCGGGAAUCGUCGUGUCGUUGCUGCAGAGCUCUGCCACGAGGGGUAUAGUCGACUUGGGACUGAGAUUGGGUUUACUAACAAAUACAUGAGCUAUGUACAAAAAAAA